GGACUCCAUAAGGCUUGCACUCUCCGAGAGGCCACACCACCAGCUCGGUCACCACCCAACAACAGCGGCGAGCGUCUUGCCGCGGCCCGUGGCCAUGACUGCCGCUCCGGUGUCUGUUCCCCGUAUGAAGCUGGGCUCGCAGGGGCUGGAGGUCUCCGCGCAGGGCCUCGGCUGCAUGGGCAUGUCCGCCUUCUACGGCCCGCCCAAGCCCGAGCCAGACAUGAUCGCGCUCGUCCACCACGCCAUCGCCUCCGGCGUCACCUUUUUCGAUACCUCUGACUUCUACGGUCCGCACACCAACGAGCUCCUCCUCGGCAAGGCGCUGCAAGGCGGGGUGAGGGAGAAGGUUCAGCUGGCCACCAAGUUCGGCAUCUCGUCCGACGGCAAGCGGGAGGUACACGGGGACCCGGCGUACGUGCGGGCGGCUUGCGAGGGCAGCCUCAAGCGGCUGGGCGUCGACUGCAUCGACCUCUACUACCAGCACCGCAUCGACACCAGGGUGCCCAUCGAAGUCACAAUUGGUGAACUUAAGAAGCUAGUUGGAGAAGGAAAGAUAAAGUACAUCGGAUUAUCCGAAGCAUCUGGAUCAACAAUUAGAAGAGCUCAUGCAGUUCAUCCCAUCACCGCAGUUCAGCUGGAGUGGUCAAUAUGGUCUAGAGAUGUGGAAGAAGAUAUAAUUCCUGCUUGCAGGGAACUUGGAAUUGGAAUCGUGGCUUACAGUCCUUUAGGCAGAGGGUUCUUGUCUAGUGGGGCAAAACUGAUUGACUCACUAUCAGAGCAGGACUCCCGGAAGAUUUUCCCUAGAUUUCAACCAGAGAAUAUUGAGAAGAACGCCCAGAUAUUUGAGCGUGUCAAUGCAGUGGCGACAAGAAAAGGAUGCACACCAUCACAGCUUGCAUUGGCUUGGGUUCACCAUCAAGGAAGCGAUGUUUGCCCCAUACCUGGCACAACAAAAAUUGAGAAUUUCAACCAGAAUGUGGGAUCGCUGUCUGUGAAGCUCACACCAGAUGAGAUGGCCGAACUAGAGUCGUGCGCUGCUGCAGGUGAUGUCCAGGGUGACCGAUAUCCUCGAAUGGCCAACACCUGGAAGGAUUCCGAGACCCCUCCAUUGUCAUCUUGGAAAUCCGAGUAGCUGAUUCAGUAUCUUCAACUGUGUCCAUUGUCCCCGUUCCAAAUAGUUGGACAGAAGAAGCUCAGGUCUACACUGCAAGGGCGUCCAUCAGAUGUGCUCGUGUUGUUGGAAAUGAUGAUGUGUGUUAGUGUGAAUUAUAUGCCACGUUUAUGUGUGUGCUUAAAAGUUAAAAACACUGGUGUGAUGAAUAAGCUUAUGCACUCUAUGAUGAAUAUUCAGCAUAACAGUAAAUAAAGCUUUUCAAUAUACAAAGUGUGAUGGUAA